AUUUGAAUGAUAAUAACCCCUUAAAUAUAUACUUGUAUUAAUUCCACAUCGGAAAAGCCGACAAAGGAGGGAAGAUUGUCCGUAUAGACAAAUUUUUUUUAAAUGAAAAUAAAUAAAUUAUUAUUUGACGUUAAUUUCGAAUAAAUAAAAAACUUUAAGAUUUUAAAGUAAUAUUUGUUGCAAUCGAUAUGCUCUCUAAGUUAAAGCUGUUGAAGCAAACAACACUGUCAGGCUGUAAAAUUAUUAAUGGCUGGGAAAGUAGUGUUCGUAAAUACAGCGAAAAAAGAAAUGGAAGUACUAAAAAUAAUAAGAGCAGAAUCUCUCCCUUAAUUCAAGUUGUUAAACCUGUUAAAACUAAUUUAACAAAAAAAAUGAAAAAUAACCCAUCUGCUUCAUUACCUAAAAAAGAAUCCAAAACCAUUGAAUUUAAUGAACCAUCGCCUAAAUCUUGUAUAUUAUCUACUAAUGCUUAUUCUAAAGUAUCAAAACCACCUAAUCCAGAUCCUACUUCAAUUUCACAAUCUCAUAAUAGUAGUGAAGGGCAAAAUAAUAGCAACAAAAAACAAAAUUUCCCUAACUGGAUAUUAUUUGGAGGAACACUUUUAGUUGCUGGAGGUUUAUACGGUGCAUGGAAGUCUGACCUUUUAGGAUCUAAUUUAGUUAAUGAAAAUGUACAAAACAGUGAUAGCACAAAUAAAAAAACUCGUAAGAAUAUUCAAAUACCACAAUCAUCAAAUUUGAUACCCGACAGUGUACAGUAUUUACUCAUUGGAGGUGGAACAGCAUCAUUUUCAGCAUUUAGAGCAAUCAAAUCUGCUGAUCCUACUGCUAGAGUAUUAGUAAUAUCAGCUGAGAGUUACUUGCCAUACAUGCGACCUCCUCUAUCAAAAGAAUUAUGGUUUAAUGAUGAUCCAGAAACUGUUAAAUCUUUAAAUUUCCAUCAAUGGAAUGGUACUACAAGAAGCCUUUUUUAUGAACCAGAACCAUUUUACACACCAGUAGAAAAUUUAAAUACCUCUAAAAAUGGUGGUAUAUCUAUUGCCCGUGGCUGGAAAGUUGAAUCUAUUGAUGUACCAAAUAAAACAGUAAAACUUCAUGAUGGAAAAGAAAUUAAAUAUAAUAAAUGUUUAAUAGCUACUGGUUCUACUCCUAAAACUAUUAAGUUAUAUGAUUCUGCUAAACAAGAAAUUAAAAAUAAGUUUUCAGUAUUCAGAUCUGUAGCAGAUUUUGAAGACUUGUGGGAAGAUUUGGUUUAUGCAAAAUCUGUUGCUAUUAUUGGUGGUGGAUUUUUAGGAAGUGAACUGGCUGCUUCAUUAGCCACUAAAGGAAAGAAAAAUGGUGUUAAAAUAUAUCAAAUAUUUAAAGAAAAUGGAAAUAUGGCUAAGGUUUUACCAAAAUAUCUUAGUGAAUGGACAACAAACAAAGUUAAAUUUGAAGGCAUAGAAGUUGUGGCCAAUACAGAAGUAGAAAACUGUACAUUAGAAAAUAAAGGAAAACAAAUCAGUUUAUUGUUGAAAAACGGUCAAAAAAUAACUGUUGAUCAUGUUAUUAUGGCUGUGGGCGCUAAACCUAAUACUGAAUUGGCAUCUAGUGCUGGACUGGAGGUCGAUUCAUUACUUGAUGGUUAUUUGGUAAAUUCAGAACUGCAAGCAAGAACAGAUUUAUAUAUAGCAGGUGACUGUGCAUGUUUCUAUGACACACAAUUAGGAAGAAGACGUGUUGAACACCAUGAUCAUGCAGUCAUUUCUGGUAGAUUGGCUGGAGAAAAUAUGGCCGGUGCUAGUAAGCCAUAUACUCAUCAGCCAAUGUUUUGGUCUGAUAUUGGACCUGCAGUUGGUUAUGAAGCCAUUGGAAUUAUUGACUCAUCUUUACCUACUGUUGGUGUAUUUGCUAAAGGUAUUUCUAGUAAUUUGCCUUCUUUAACUAAUGAAGAGCAGAAUACAUCAGCUAAAAAUAAAAUUGAUCAAAGUGAUCAAUCAAAUAAAAUUAGCACUUCAGAUAUAAAUAAUGAUUAUACCAAAGGCGUUAUAUUUUACCUUAGAAAUGAUGUAGUUGUUGGAAUAGUUCUUUGGAAUUUGUUUAAUAGGAUGUCUAUAGCUCGUCAAGUAUUGAAAUCCGAUAGAUGUUAUCGUGAUCUUAAUGAAGUUGCAAAACUUUUUAAUAUUCAUGGUGAUGCAUCAUCAUGA